CUGUACGAGACUAAUGUUUACACCCAUUCGCGUCAACGCUCACGCUAUCAAUGACGCUAUCCUUCGGUAGCAUAUGCAUGUGGGACACAACAAAACUGACAAAACCAACAACAAUUCGCCCACUCUCGUGCUCGCAUUGGCACGAUAGACUUCUGCUACAUGACGUUAAUCCAUGAGCGUCACACAAAUGCACACAAAAAAAGUUGUGCGUAUUUUCUCGUAACAAUUACGCUCGACCCGGUAGGUCAUCCUUUUUCGCUUGGUGCAAUGUCUCUGCAUGAUACUGAACCGAAGGCGUGCGUCAGAGUAAUUUGCAGCAGACAGUCAUGCAGGUGUUAAAUUAAACCGGGAAAAUGGCUUACGAGUACCUGCCUUUAGAGAUAUUAAGGAAGAUCUUCUUGUACUUGAAUGUUCCUGACAGGCUUUCUGCAAGUGCUGUAUGCCAGCAGUGGUACAGAGCGGUCCUUGACGGACGACCGUACGACGACAUGCGCGUCGUCUUGCAGGGUGACAUGACGAGAGGCAUGAACAUACUGGCAAAGUCGUCGAGGACUUUUUACGGUCUGGUCAUCAAGGACGGUGACAAAGAGAUCGAAAAUCGCGACUUUUGGGAGAACGUCGGCCCACACCUCAGGCGUCUCGAGUUUAGGGAAUGUGGUGUCUCCGAACGGGUGUUCCUGAUGGUCCUCGGGUACUGUUCCAAGCUGGAGGGCCUCUGCAUAUCCCGCUGCGACGGACUGCUGAUCCCCGGAAAGCUCCUGGAGAGCCCCGAGCACGCACCCGGUCUGUGUUCGUCUCUCGAGAACGUCAGAGAUCUCGACCUUUCAGAUAACAGUUACCUUUCGGACGCAGAUUUUAACCGUAUAGUUAGUGUAGUGGGGAAACUGGAAAACCUGUCACUGGCUGGUUGCCAGAUGUCGUUCCAUCCUGGAAUAUAUAAACGUUUCUAUCCAAACGGCCGGGCGCUGAGCUCGAGUGUCCUUACUUUCCAGACUGUCGUGGAAUACAUAGAACGCGCGAACAUCAAGCUGAAGCGUGCCAACUUCAGCAGAACACUCUUGGACAACAAAGCUGUCCAGAGGCUAGCGGCGGCUUGUGCGGACUCGCUCACCGAGCUCAGUCUGGUGUCCUGCGUCCAGUUGAGCCACGCCGGAAUCCUGUCUCUCUGUCGGACACUUCCUGGACUGGAGGUCCUCGACUUGGCCGAGAACUAUCACGUGACAGACCUGAGCCUGGCUUCGAUCUGCGACACUCUGACGCAGCUUCGGGAACUCGACAUGACGCGCUGCAGACUCCUCACGAGCCACAGCGUUGCCGAGAUAGCGCGUCUGCAGCGACUGCGAGCGCUGAGCUUGUCGUCGUGCUGUAAGGUGUCGUCUGCCGGCUUUGUCGAAGCGCUCUGCUCGAACUCGCGGCCGGGCAUGAAACGGCUGGACGUUAGUUAUUGCAACAUCGACACAUACACGGUCGUAGCCCUCGCAAAAUCGCUUCCAAAUCUCACGCACCUCGACCUGACGUCCUGUCCCCUGUUGACGGACGAAGCGGUCCACGUGAUAAGCCAGAAUAUGCGACGGUUGAUCUGCCUCCGUAUGGCAGGCUGUGAAACGGUCACUGAUAACGGGAUCUGCAGCGAUAGAACUCGGGAAGACGGAAAGACUCGCAGCAAAUCUCUCGCUUUGCUCGAGAGCUUGGAGGAAUUAAACCUACGUGGCUGCAAACAUCUAAGCGACGACGGCCUCGGUGCAUCUGUUCGGUUUGUGGGCCUCAGGCACUUAGACCUGAGUCUGUGCCAGAAGCUGACAGACGUCGGACUUGCGUGUAUUGGUAGCCACAAUCCGAGCUUGGAGCACCUCGUCGUGAGCAAGUGCAUUCUGCUAACAGACUUCGGCGUGAUUGGAACUCUCGAGAGGCUCUCGCGGCUGCGCCACCUGGACGUUCAAGGUUGCCCGAAGGUGACGGACGCGGCCCUUCACCGAAUGUCGCGGUGCGGGGCACUGCGUUAUCUAAACGUGUCCCUCUGCGGUGUGACGCUGCACGGUGUCAGUCUUCUAGAAGAUUCGGCUGCGAGGUUGACGGUAGUUUACAGAACUUGAUUGUGUCUUCUUUUUUUUUUUUUUUUUUACUUUUUUGCGCAUUGCACUUUCGAAGGAGUGGUACGCUAGAGUAAUAUGUGUUGGGGUAACCCAAUAUGAGUAACAAGGAUCUUUUCCUCUUCGCAAAAGGAAUCGAAAUCAUCGUCAUAAAUAGGGUAGCAUUUUGGGGUGGGGGGGGGGGGGGGGGGUGCCUUCCGUGAAAACAGUCGACACCAGUCUUGUGUUAGGAUUGGUUCUACAACCCUACGCACUGCUAUGGUAGAACCUCUUGUGAACCUAUGUGGUACACGCAUGUACGCUGCUGGAUACCGUGUUUUUUAUGCUUUGCUAUUGCGCUAGAUUUAUUAUACGAUAGAUUGGUACGGACUCGGUUUGUGGGAAAAUCCGGUCCAACCUGAUCUGAAGUCUAUUGAUAGGGUUACAAAGUGGGUUUUACUGUAAGAUGUAAGACCCAAAUCAUAAAACUGCCACAGGGUGAAUGAACUGGUUUAUUUAUUACCUAUUAAAAAUGCUAGUCAACUGUGAAAGUGUGUGUCAAAGCAAGACAUGAUGACACAUUUUUUUAAAGGUUUUAGUCUAAUAAAUGAUACUUUUGAUGUUUU